AUGUCAAAAGAAAUUGAAGAUAUACAAAAAGAAUAUGAAAUUAAUCAAGAUACUUCUAAAAAUAUUGAAAAUGGGAAAAAGAUAAAUUCAAAGAAAUUGAUAAAACAUGAAGUUGAAAAGAAAAGAAUGAUUCAGAAGAAAGGUGUUCUCAAUAAAGUUAUAUCAAAAAAAAUUUCAAAUACCAAAAAUUAUUCUUCCACUGACAAAGAAAUUCAACAUUCAAAUGAAAUAAAAAAUGAUGAAAAAUUAACAAAUGUUUAUAAUGAUAUUAUGCCAAAUAGUCAAAAAAUUGACAAGGUGAAUGUUACAAAUGAUGAUGAUAAAUUUAUAUUCAAGGUUCCUAAUACUGUACCAAAAAAAGACACAAAAUUGCGUUUUAACCAAAUAUCUAUGAGAAAAAGAACUGAUUCAAUUUCUAAUUCACCAUCAUUUCAAACAACAAGCGGAAGUUCCAGAGAAAUUCUAAAGCAAAUUGCAGCUAAAGCCGCAAAAGCUAAAAUUCAAAGAAAAAGAAAUAACUCUUCUAUAUCUGAGCAUCAUUCAUCUAUUGAAAAACGUCAAGAUGUUAUUGUUACAACUUUUGAUGAGUUUUUACCAUACUCAUCAGAUAAUUUAUCUAAUGAUGAGAUUAUAACAGAAAUUAAAGAUAUAGAACCAACAAAUUAA